AUCGUACACUGACAAAUUUUCAACACUUUUUUUGCAUUUAAUGAGACACGUUAUUCGUUAUGCAAAGUCCGUACAUGCAAUGCUGCCGCCAUGACAGUGAUAUAGAUGAAGGUGAGCAUACAACUGAGAUUCUCGAUACGCCAAAUUCUAAUGGAGCUAGGAAACAUGUGAUCUCCGAGCAAGAAGAUGAAUAUGAUUCCAGUAAUGAUUUAUCAGAUAUCAGCAGGCAGAAUUUAUCAUCUGAUAAUCGUUCUCCAGAAAUCUGCAGGACCAAUGUAAAUUCUGAAAAUAGUUUAUUACACAUCAGUAACCUAAAUAUAGGAUCUGGACAGAAUUCACCAAAAAUUUUUAGGAAUAAUUCUUCAAAAACAGAUUUGAACGGAUUGUUAGGGUUAUCAUAUUUGGACUCAAGUACCAGUGACAGAGAUAGCCUUCCAAUUCUAAGGAAUGAGGAAUUUUUAGCUGCGCAUGACGAUCAAAGUGCAAAUCUUGAUAAGGCCUGCGAUCCGAGCAGGUCAGGCAUUUAUCGAUGGGAAUGUUAUAGAUGCAUUUGGGUCUGUAAAAGAAAAACAUUGGAUAAAUUCUGUCGUAGUCCCAACUCAACAGACCAAAAACAUUUUAGUCAUCAUUGGUGAGAGAGCAAUACCGAGCAAUUGGUUUAUGUUUCAUCUUCAAAACAUCGAUAAACAAACGUUAACGCACAUUGAUCCUUUAGCAGAGAAAGAUAAAAAUAUACAUGAGAGAUCCCGUAACUGCACAUCAAAUUUUUUGAAAUAUUUGAAAUGUCCCUUGCAAAAAAGAUGUGGUAGUUUACGAACUCUUGACUGGUAUUAUGCCCCCUGCAAAGAGAAACGUAAACUUCAAACAGAUGGUUAUAAUUGUGGGGUAUUUGUAAUGCAUUACAUGGAUUGUGUAGGACGAAACAUUGAUUUUGAUCUAUCUUUUGAUCCAAACAAAUACAGAUAUGAAGUUGCAAAAUUACUGAUUGUUGAAUCAGAAAAUAUGCAACAGACAUGUUUAUAUUGCUUUAGCAAUGACCGCGAAUUGAUGACUAAAGGUACAAUCAACUGUGUGUUGUGCAAUCGCUUUGCUCAUAAAAGAUGCAUUAAUCGCAUAAAUGAACAUGGAAUAUCCAUAUCACUAUUAUAUAUUUGUAAUUUGUGCUCAAAUUCUAACUGUACAUACACAAAGUACAAAAUGAAAAUCGAGCCACGACUUUAAUUAUUACACAUAUUUUAUUAAUAUUCAGAAAAUAUUAGUUUAAAAUAUGUAUAAAUGAUUGCUUGUCGUUCAAAAUGUCAAUGGCUUUUCAGAGUGCACGUUCAUGCAUGCUUGUACUAUGUAUAAACUUGUAUGAACGGCAAAUGUAUUAAAAACAUUUUUGAGCCACGUAUUUUUUAUCAAAAUAAAUGUACAUGUCUACAAAUAAUAUUUUGUUAAAGAAGGAAGGCGUACACUGCAAAACUGCACGGUUCGCAACUUAAUUUUAAUUUUUUUUAUUGAGGUAGUAUAAGUUCAAGUGGUGAUCCAUAUAUAAAAAGUCAUGACCGGAUGAAGUGAAGCCAAGAAUGCGUCAAUAUGAUUGGCUCAUGUAGUGCGCAUGCGUCAAAAGUAUC